AAAUUAAGUGUAAAAAAUGGGAUCACCAUUGUGCGAGCAUUUGGCUAGGCUUUGUCUUCAAUGUGAUUUGAAGUUACACUCUAAGAGUAGUGUAAACAAUUACAACUAUUCGCGGAUUCCGUUGUGUAAUAAUUGCGUUUCGCAGACCGCUCUUGUAGAAUCCCUUGAACAAGGGUUGUGCCUAUGCCAAUCAUGCUUUUCAAAUCCCAAUGUAAUCUCGCGUUUUCUUCUUCUUCUUAGAAACGAUGCUAGUGAUUAUUCGGCAUAUAAUUUUCCACUGGAUCUUGAUUCCUCUUCUUCGUCUUGUUCAUCUUCUUUUAUCGAUCGCAAUUGGGAAUUUUCCCUUGGUUCCUUACCUCUCAAUAAUGAGGACUCAUCAUCAUCUUUUGAAAUCCUUCAAAUAUUUGAAGAUCAUACAAAGAAUUAUAGUGAUCAACAAGUGUUGACGCUUCAGCCCGAUUAUUUGGACAUAAUUCCUAAGGAUAGUUCAUGCUCAGGCUUCAAAAGCUACGAAACUAAAGAAGAUAUAGAGAAUGUUUUGAUGAACACUUUUGAUGGCGCCGAGGCAGCAGUAUUAGACCUAAAACAAUAUAACCCCGAGGAAGAUUUGAUCCUCACGGAGCUAAUCGAUGAAUUAGCAAGAGACAAUUCAGAGACCACGCCGACCAAUACUUUACCAACUUCAGCAUCUGGUAUGUCAUCGGAUAUACAUAAAGAUUACAACACUGAAGCUUUGGCUAAUGCAAGUUCUCAAGAUUAUUUUAUAAACCAAAUGAUUGGCUCAAAAGCAAAGGAAGAGACCAAUGAUCUUGCAAUACUCCCUAACGCUCUUGUUCAACUUGACUGUGGACAAUCGCAGUUGAUACUUACCGAUGAGAUGUUACCAUGGGAGAAUCAAACAUUUGUACCUGUUAAGGGAUUUAGUCCGAAAGAUCGAGAAGAGGCCAAGAAAAGAUAUUUCGAAAAGAAGAAGAAACGCAAGUUUGGGAAACAAAUUAGAUAUGAAUCUCGAAAAUCUACAGCAGAUACGAAGAAAAGAAUGAAAGGAAGAUUUACAAAAGCUGGUGCUGAUUAUGACUAUGACCCACGAGCUAAUGAUAUUAACAAAGGGAAAAUACAAACAUGA